AGCCCUUCAAGUGUUUCCUUUUUAAAUAGAUGGGCUUCCUUCAUUUCAGCGGCUAGACUGGCCAAGAGGCAGGUCUGUAAAGGAGUGAGGAACAAAGGCAAGCUUUCAGCUGGAUGGAUCUUAAUUCUACCUUCCAAACCUGAACUGCAAAGCGGGUUCAUUAAGCAGAAGAUAAUGCAAAGUAUUACACAUAACUCAGACCCCUCACGAGGGAAGGGGGGGGGGAGUUCAUCAUCUCUCCUGCUUGUGUGCAUUGGCUGUUUCUUCCCAAAAUUAAGUGAUUGUUUCUUUUCUCUCAACACGAUGCCCCCCCACCCGAUCUUGGCUGUUAAAGUGAGCUAGCUAGUUAUUUAUAAUCCCUGGAUAGCUGGGGGGCGGGGGGUGGGAGAGAGAGAGACUGUAUACCUUGGCUAUAACCCGACCAGCACAAAGCCCCGAUUGUGGCUGUCUUUUCCAACCCACACUGAGAGGGAGAGUCUAGGCGUCCACGUCUGUCCUCUUCAGCUGUAGGCACACACCACUCCAGAAAGCCAGAGUGAAAGAUGAAAAAGCUCAUUGUUCUUCUGCUUUUGAGCUCUUUGCUCGUCAUCCAAGCCAUGCCCGCCAAUCGUCUGUCGUGUUACAAAAAGCUGCUGGGUGGUCGAAGCUGCCACAACAUCCCCGAUGGGACCGAGCACUUGCGACCCAUCGACAAGGGGCUGGUGGAUCACUUCUGGGCGGGGGACGAGUGCGAGAUCGUCUGCUACUGCAAUUUCCAAGAGUUGCUCUGCUGCCCCAAGGACAUAUUCUUUGGACCAAAGAUUUCCUUUGUGAUUCCUUGCAAUUCUCAAUAAAAGGAAAUUUAACAGCAGCAGGAAAACCAUUUACUAUCUGCAAUCAAAUGGACGAUGAAGUGCUUCCCUGUGUACAGAAUGUUUCCCCUACAAUUUUUCUAGAAAUUUUUGUAGAAUGUGACCCACAAUACAAGAGGUGUUACUUUCUGUGAGUAAUUGUAAAAAUUAUCUUCUAUGUUUGUAGACCCAAAAAAUGAUAUAGUGUAAGCAUUAAAAUACACUCAAUCAUUCACAUGCUUCUUUAACCUAACCUUUCAAUCAACAGCUUUUGUCGCCCAUCUUACAAGAUAGCUACACAAUGUUAUUUAACAGCAAUUUUUUUUAUUAAGAAAUAUGUUUAAUUUCUGGAUGCUAAAAGACCCCCCUCAGAUGCACUUAAAAUACUGAUAUUUAUCCAAACUAAUUAUAUAAUUCUGCAUUGAUCCUGCACAGCUUGUUUUCCCAGCAACUGCUAAUUCAAAUUUAUAUUCAAGUACCACUUUCAAGAACUGAUAUUGUUUAAGUGGGGUAUUAAAACUUAACAUAAGACCCAUUUAACACCCCAUUUUAUAGAUUCUUGUACUUUAUAUUAAACAAUCCUUUGUAAUAUGUUAACUGUUUUACAUGAUUUAUUAAAAAUACUUAAACAGC